AUGGUCUGUUUCCGGCCAGAAGAUAAGGUGGAUACGAUUGCCAGAGUCAAUCCCGUGAUAUGGGCCAGAAUACCGAAUCCGGUGCUCGAACCUAUACUAACCGUGGUCCUCUCUGACAAUCAAAUUCAUCGUAUCUGCGGCAGAGACAAUCCAGGUGCGACUUGCAUGCGGGAGGGCGUGUGUUCGAAAUUCUACCCAAAAAACCUCUGCGAGACCUCUUCCGGCGACGAACGCCCCGUUUAUCGGCGACCGGACGAUGGUCGAACAAUCGACGGUAAAAUUUAUAACAACAGUCGAAUCGUGCCUUACAACCGAUACGCCACCCUCAAGUACAGGUGUCAUAUCAACUUUGAAGUGUGCGGGUCUUUAUCCUCCAUGAAGUACCUCUUUAAAUACGUGCACAAAGGAGUUGAUAGCGCCACCAUUAAGGAGCACAGGGGAAGUCGCGUAGCGGAAUGGAACGAAAUCCGCAACUACCAGGAUUGUAGGUAUAUGAGUUCAAUGUAG